AUGCCGGACCUCACUGCCGCCGAGCUCAGCAUUCCGGCCGAGCAGCACCCCGAUCCCGCAAAGCCACUGGUGAUACCCGUCGACUCAACAGUGGUAGGCUCUACCCUGCGCUUCAUUCCGUGGUCUGUGGUGGGCAAUCCAGCCUUCCUCCAGCUGCCCCCUCCUCCUCCGGGGAUGCAACCGUCGUGGGUCCAGAUUCCGCAGUGGGUCGCCAUCAGUGCGCUGCUCCCCUUCAGUGAGCCCGAGCCCGCUGUGGCCACCCACUUUGACAGGCUCAGCGUCUUGCGGCUGGCCGUAUUGGCCGCGGCUUGGCGCCGCAUCCUCGGUGCCUUGUCCGACCUCGGCGUUUUCAGCACGGUGCACGUGGAUGAGGAUGCGUUCCGUACGUGGGGCGAUUUGGGGUACUCUGAGGCGAUCCUACCCUUGGGACCAGCGCCAUCUGCAGAAGCAAAGGCCGUCGACUUCUUGCAGUACGCGACAGUCGGGGCUCUUUGCGACCCUACGGCCGACGUCCCGUUCGCAGCCCUGUCUGACAUGACCCGCUGCUUGGGGCCCGUCUUCACGGCGGCAGCGCGCGUCGAUCCCAUGGGGAGCGCCGUCGUGGGGGCUGCAUCGCUCGCCGCCGCCGCUGGUCACAUCACUCCGCGAGCGAGCGAUGGGCAUCCCGCCCUGCUCGCUCGGCAUGUGCUCAGCAUGCUGAAGACUACCCGCUCGAGUUUCCCGGCCUGCCUGAGGACCAACUCUUUUCAGAACUACUCUGCGGAGGUUGAGACUCGCGCCGAGUAUGAGGUCGUUCCGUGCGACUCGGCUCCCCCCGCAGACCGUCCUCAGUGGGGAGCCCUCCUUUUCCUGGGCGCACAUGGUGGUGGCGGCGACGAUACUCCAAACCGGCGAAGGCAUGGGCAGCUCGAGGAGGCGACCGCUGGCCCUCUCCUGUCGGACUGA